AGGCUUUGGAAGCCAUUCUAGUUGUAGAAUUCUUGCAAUGAGCCUCUGGCUGGGCUGAGUGUUUAAACAAAACUGGUCACAAGUUGUGACACAAGUUUGUCCAUCGACUUGUUUGUCAACUUGUCUGUCAAACUUGUUCGACAAGUUUAAAGAACUGUGACGGAACGUUUUUGAAGACCGGGUGCAACUCUAGUUUGUGAUUGGUUGGGUUAAAAAAGUUUAUGCUUUUUAAAAAGUUCAAAGCUUUUUUGGAUAAGUUGGGGGGAGUUUGGUAUCACAUUAGUGCCUGGAGUCCUGGAGUGACAGCUUAACACGGACGCAACUCCUAGGAGACAGGAAACGAAGGUGAACCAUAGCUAAUAAUUGGUUGGCGACGCAGAGUAUAAGUCCAGCCAUGUCUGACGAGAAAAAGGACUCAAACGGAGUUGGACUGCAAAUAGAGGGCCCUGGCAUAAUGCAUAGACGUCCCAUUGAAAUGCCUUGUCUGCCGGCUCCGCUCAGUUUGGAGGAGAAAAAAUUCCUACUAGCUGUUGAGAGGGGCGAUGCUGCUAAUGUCAGAAGAAUGAUUCAGCGCUCGCACCGCCGCCGAGACAUCAACAUCAACUGCGUGGACAGCCUGGGUCGAGGUGCUCUGAACCUGGCCAUAGAUGGGGAAAACCUGGAGAUGGUUGAGUUGCUAGUGGUGAUGGGAAUCGACACCAAGGAUGCACUCCUGCAUGCCAUCAACGCUGAGUUCGUGGAGGCCGUGGAGCUGCUACUAGAACACGAGGAGAUCAUACACAAAGAGGGGGAUCCCUAUAGUUGGGAAAGAGCUGACAAGAUCACAGCGACAUUCACGCCUGACAUCACGCCACUGAUGUUGGCUGCUCAUAAGAACAAUUACGAGAUACUCAAGAUUUUGUUGGACCGAGGGGCUACUCUACCUAUGCCUCAUGACGUCAGGUGUGGCUGUGACGUAUGCAUCAGAGAUUCCAAUGAGGAUUCCCUUCGUCAUUCCAUGUCUCGUGUGAAUGAAUACAGGGCAUUGGCCUCUCCUUCUCUGAUUGCUCUUUCCAGCAACGAUCCCAUCCUCACAGCUUUCCAACUAUCCUGGGAUCUCAGAAAUUUGGCCUUCACUGAGCAGGAAGUCAAAAGCGAGUACAUGGAAUUGAGACGCCAAUGCCAGAAAUUCGCCGUUGACCUGCUGGACCAAUCACGUAGCUCUCAGGAGUUGGCGAUUAUUCUGAAUCACGACCCCGAUAAUCCGACUGUGGAUGACGAUGAACACAUGAAACUCACACGACUCGAGCAAGCGAUCAAAUACAAGCAGAAAAAAUUCGUAGCCCACCCGAACAUCCAGCAACUAUUGGCCGCAAUCUGGUACGACGGACUGCCCGGUUUCCGCCGCAAACCGCUGCUGCAGAAGUUGGCUGAAAUCGUGCAAGUGGCUGUCCUAUUCCCAGCCUACUGUGUUCUCUACAUGAUAGCUCCCAAUACACACACCGGCAAACUUAUGCGCAAGCCUUUCAUGAAAUUCCUCAUUCACGCCAGCUCUUAUCUGUUCUUCUUGUUUAUUCUGAUCCUGGUAUCACAAAGAGCUGAGGUGGUGGCGGUCCAACUAUUCGGCACGGAAUCUAUGAAAAAACAGCUGGAAGAAGAUCUGCUGAGUCAGCGCGGUAAUGGACCUUCGUUUCUGGAGGUUAUUGUCGUGCUCUACGUAUUAGGUUUUAUCUGGGAAGAAACAAUGGAGAUCUACGUGGAAGGCAUCAGGGAGUACCUGCGUAACAUGUGGAACUUUAUCGACUUCACGCGCAACAUGUUCUACGUGCUAGUGAUAAUACUGCGCGGCUGGGCAUAUGUGCAACAGAGGCAGCAAAUAGCCAAUGAUCCGGCCACCGCUUACAUUCCGAGGGAACAGUGGGACCCCUUCGAUCCGCAACUCAUGUCUGAAGGAAUGUUUGCUGCUGGAAAUAUUUUGAGUGCUCUGAAAUUGGUACACAUGUUCUCGAUAAAUCCUCACCUUGGACCUCUGCAGAUCUCACUUGGUAGAAUGGUCAUCGACAUUGUCAAGUUCUUCUUCAUCUACUCUCUGGUUCUAUUCGCUUUCGCUUGUGGUCUCAAUCAACUCCUGUGGUACUUUGCCGAACUGGAGAGGCAAAAAUGCUAUUCUCUUCCGGGAGGUCUACCUGACUGGGACAAUAAAGCUGAUUCUUGCAUGAAAUGGAGAUCUUUUGGAAACUUAUUUGAAGCGACCCAAUCGCUGUUUUGGGCCAGUUUCGGAAUGGUGGGCAUAGACACAUUCGAUCUAACGGGCAUCAAAACGUACACCCGGUUCUGGGGUCUGCUGAUGUUCGGCUCCUAUUCGGUGAUCAAUGUUAUCGUUCUGCUCAACCUGCUCAUUGCCAUGAUGUCCAACUCGUUCGCCAUGAUUGAGGAACACUCAGACACCGAAUGGAAGUUCGCGCGCACCAAACUGUGGAUGAGCUACUUCGAGGAGUCUGCCACUCUGCCACCUCCCUUCAACAUUUUCCCCACACCAAAACUGGUCUUUAAGAUCCUGGGCAUCAGAGAGAAGGACAAGCAGAGAAGGAUGUCACUUAAGCGCAAGAAGUUGGAAGAGAAAGAGAGAGACUACCGUUACUCAGCCGUUAUGCGUUCGCUGGUGUGGCGCUACGUGUCCAAGAUGCAUAGACAGGCCGACGACAACCCGGUCACCGAGGAUGACAUCAACGAGGUCAAGGGAGAGAUCACGUCGAUGCGUCACGAGAUACUAGAGGUGCUGCAGCGCAACGGCAUGGAUAUAGGUGGCGCAGACAUCAACAGCAAGGAUAACUUGUUCCUGGGCAAGAAGAACCGCAUCUGGGAGCGACGGCUGAUGAAAGACUUCCAUUUGGCGCCCGUGGCACCGGACGAAGACCUCGACGCCCUGCUGAGGGCGCCGCCCCCGGAGAACGAGGACCCUCUGGACAGGUUCAGGAGAAUCGCCAAGUUGGCAGUACUGGGAUCCAGCGCUCAGAAAUGGGGACAGGUCAUCGAGGGUGUUUGUCAAGUUUCGCAGAUCGGUCGCUGCAACAACCGGGAAUCGUUCAAGAACCAGCAGAACUUGCAGCGCGCGAUGCAGGAGGCCAAGCGACUGGUGACACGGACACCAGUGGUCGAGUCACCCAUUCCGUCACCCAUCCCGCUGCCGGACACCACCGGGUCUUCCAUUGCCGAGCUGCUCAGGGACAUCUCCAAGGAGACCCAAGGUCACAGCGGUUACUCGUCGAGGGUCAACACUAGGAAGCCCAACGGAAAGAAGGAAGAUAGCAACACAACAGACAUAUUCCUAUCAGUAAAGGACCAGCUUGCCUCUAUGAAUCAACAGACGGGUCACAGCCCCCCCACAAGGGGCGGCAAACAGGGCGGUAGAGGGGGACGCAAAUCACCAACCCCCGAUUGCAACGAAGACCCCAGCCCACUGUUGCAUCAGAAGAGAUGUGGAGUAGGAGAAUCGCCUCCCAAGGUAUUCAAGAAGAAAGCUCCCACUUCAGCACCGCCGCAGCCAAAUCAGCUGAUCGACAAGGACCAACAACCAAAGCCUAGUGCACCGUCAAGGUCACGCGAACCAACACAAGGUCAGAUGGCUGUGCAGCAAGGUCAUGUCAAACAAGUGCAGCAGAGCAUGCAACAACAGCAACAACAACAGCAACAACAACAACAACAACAGGUACAGCAACAGAAACAGCAACAACAGCAGCAGCAGCAACAAAAACAUCAACAACAGAGCAAUCAACAACAACAGAAUAAUCAACAACAACAACAACGCAGUCACGUGAUCAAACCAACAAUCACGACAACUGACACCUCAUUGGCUAGUGGAAGUGGCAGCAAACCAGUGCUGCCAACGUUCGCCGAAUCGGUGAACAGCACCAACGAGCAGGUUGGCAACAGUGCUUCGAUGACGUCAUGCUCCAGCACCGAACAGCUGUUGGUUCAAGGUCAAAAGGGCAGCUCUUCCUCCCGUUCCCCCUCCCCGGAACCGCUCAGACCCGGCCAGAGGAUUGACGAUGUGCGCACCAUCAAGAGAGAGCCAAAAACCGGAUGGAUUUAGACACGUUUUUCUUUAUAUUUUCAGGUAAAUGGUUGAUUUUGAUGGUGGGAAGGGUAGAAAUACAGAGCUGCGGAAACUGGAUGCAUGUAGACUUAUUUCUUUAUACUAUAUUUUGAAGUAGAAUGGUCAGAUUUUGAUGGUGGAGGGAUUGGAGAAUCAAAUAAACCAAGUUAGAGAUAGUGAAUUUGGUAACUGGAGGAGAAGGUGAAUAUUUUGAAGUGAAAGUGAAAUCGUUGAUUUUGAUGAUGGCAAUGGUGGAAUAUCAGAAAAGUCAAGUAAGAGCAGGUGAAUGAGGAAGCAGGUGAAUUGGAAAAUUGUAAAUAAUGAAGUUGGGAAGCGAAAACUGACUGGAUUGAGAGAGGGAUUGAUAAUCGAUGUUCAGUUUAUAUUUAGAGGAAAAAUGGUUAGGUUGAUGCAGAUGGAAAAUCAGAAAGUCAAGUUAAAAGAUAGAGACUGUGUAUGUGGUAGGCCUAACUGAAGGAAAAUUAAAUUCAGAGGGAGAACAUUCUGGAGUAAUUGAGAGGGGCAUCAACUUCAAUUGAGAGGGGCUUCCGUUCAUUAAUUCGUUAAUUUGUGGUUUGAUGAGGAUAAGGAUAAUUAUUAUGAUCAUCAUUAUCAUUUGAUCUUGGAUUAUGAAGGAGGUGAGAAAAGGAGCUAGUAGCCAAGAGGUCUACUGAGGAAUAGGCCUAUUUUACUCUAAAAUGUUUGAUGAGAAGGAAGGAAGCCAAGAGAACUACUGAAGCUUGAUGGUAUGAAGGGAGAUGAGAUAUGAAAAGUAGGCUAAUCAAAAAAAUUAUUUUCCAUUCACUACUUCAUGAAUAAUUUCCCUUGUUGUAACAUGAAGCCCAUGUUUCAUUUUAUUGGAGCUUUUAUUAUUUUUGUAAGAAUGUUACAGCUUAGUCAAGAAUAUUAAUAAACUACUAUUAAACGAGACCUACAUGAAUAGAAUUCAAGAAAAUUGAGUUUUAAUUGUAUAACUAUAUCUUAAUUUCUGAAAUAAUUAUUUCUUACUUAAUCUGUCAGCUUUAAAAGGAUAGACUGUAUUACUAGGUAUAUAACUAGACUGUCGAUUGUAUAUUACGCAGUAUCAAUUUUCAAUGUUGAGUAGCCUAUAUUGUUAUUCAGUAGUAGUAUAAUUAUUAUGCAUAUUUUUAUUCAGGAAUAUCAAACUAUGUAUACCGUAGGUACCAGAUGAACUGUUCUAUGAUAAUUGUUGAAACAACAUUGCAAACUAUUGUUACAAUUGAUUAUAAAAAAAAAUACUGUCAAAUAAUAGUUGAAUGUAUAUUUUUAAUCUACAAAAUUAUCUAUUUCGGUACCGUAUUCAGUAUCCCUUAAAACAUACGUUGUUCGAUUUUAUUACCAAAAAUGGUGAAUCAUGCUUUCAAAAUAUCAUUAACUUUAUUUUCUAGUGCAGCUAUUUUUUGGUCCAUUUAUACAUGACAACUCUUAAUACUUGAAUAUUACUCAGGAAGAUAAGAAAUUUAUAUAUGUGAACUUCAGUUUUUAGUGCAUAAUAUUAUUUUAUUUCUAUAUAGUUUAUCCAGAUUAUGAAGGGUUUAUUAGUAACUUGGCUGUGAUAUAAGAUAAUAAUAUUGUUGAGGGUAUUGGAAUGUGAGAAAAAGUUAUUAUCUUCAUUAUAAAUCCAGAAACAUAGGUACCUACUUGAUUGAAUUUUUUAAUCUUUUAUUUUGUUACAGAACGUUACCUUAUAUUCUCAAAUUAUUUAAAACUAAUAAUAUAAAAAAGAUUAGAGUUCAUGAAUUAUUUGAAAUACUUCUAGCCACACUUGGGCCAGUAUGCUCAAUAGCAUUUUAAAUUAAGUUGAAAUCAAUUCAGGACUAACUCAAGCUAUUGGUCGCAUUUAUCAUAAUGUAUUCCAAUAAUUAGGUCAAAUGUGUAUGGUUUUAAUUAGGAUUAUGAUAAUUUAACUUCUGUUGAGCCACCUUAUUCUCAUCACUUCAAUAAAUUUAUUAUAAGAAAUUCUUAAUUUUUUCAUUUUCUUUGGGAAAAUAGAAUCAAAUUAUGUAACAAGCUAACAUCUUCAUGAGCAUUAUUGUUGUUUUAUUUAUGCAUAUUUAUAGUCAUUUUAUUACUAUAUGUACUGAAAUCCAGGCUUGUGGAGACUCUCUAAAUAAAUUCUACAAUAUUCAAGACGAAAACCA